AUGGCUGAAAAUACUGCUUCUAAUGCGCCUCCAGCCGGUGCGGUCCCAGAUCUGGAGCCCCUAUCUUGUGUAUCCUGCCGAGCUAAAAAGCUCAAAUGCGACCGCAGCAAGCCUGCUUGUGCACGAUGCGUCAAGGUCGAUGGCGAAUGUCUGUACCCAGAAUCACGUCGGAAACCAACCUUUAAGAGGAAAAAUGUCAAAGAAUUAGAAGCCCGCCUAGCUCAAGUUGAGGGCCUGUUGAAAGACAUCAAUGCAAAAGAGCCUAGUCAAGGUUCUACAGAGGACCUUGAGCCAUCUGAGGGGGGUUUUGUCGAUGCUGGUCUUGAAUCCAGAGACUACCUUCACUUGGCCCCAGAUAUCGGUGCAGACCCAUUUUUGGAAGCAGGAUCUGGCAGCCAAGAUGGAAGCCAUCAGAAGGACUCACAGCUCAUUGGCCUUGGCAUGACCGAGGCCUUGCCUCCCUUUGAUAUCAUAGAAGACCUUCACACCACAUUUUUCGCUUCGUCUUAUCACAUGGCACCUGUCGUGCAUUCAGGCAAGUAUUUGAGCGCAUUCUAUGGCGAUGCCUUGCGUCGUCCAGCCAUGUGCCUCCAAUACGCCAUCUGGGCGCUGGCAUCCCAUGGCCACGCGAAGUAUGAGGCCUACUCCGAAGUAUUUUAUCGCCGUGCGCGGCAUUAUAUCCAAGCCGACGAAAUGAAAGACGACGGCGAGCAUUUUAUUACUCUAGAUCAUGCACAGACAUGGGUAAUUCUCUCGACAUAUGAGGCAAAGAAAUUGCUUUUCACGCGGGCGUCUAUGAGCUGCUCAAGAUCUGUACGCAUCUGCCAAAUGAUGGGUCUCGAUCGGCUGGAUGGUGGGAUUGACGAUCUACCUCCUGCUCUGGGGCCUGCACGGUCUUGGGUUGAGCUGGAGGAGAGGCGGCGAGUUUUCUGGGGAGCGUUUGCUAUUGACUGCCAUGCUUCAAUAUCGACGGGCUGGCCGUACCUCAUUAAUGCAGAAGAUAUUAUGACACGGCUGCCGGCAUCCGAGGCCGCCUUUUCUUCUGGAGAAGAAGAACGCACAGCCUACUUGCACGAGGUUUUCGAGGGUGCUUCCUAUGCAGGACCGAAGCCCGACGACAAUCCAGAAGAUUUGGCGCAUGGCGGCUUCUGGAGGCGCCAUCGAGAGCUUGACAAUCAGCUUUCCAGCGUCUUCAUGUUCCUUCCGGAAAGGUUCCAGCUGCCAGCCCAUUUGCGAGAUCCUGGUGCCGUUCAUGUCAACCUCAAUCUGCAUGCCUCCAUCAUUUGUCUACACCACGCAGCACUUGAACUUGCAGAAAAGCACAAACAUCCACAGCCCAUAAUCAGCGAGAGCAUACGGCGCUUGAAAACAUCUGCAGAAGAGGUCGUCAACAUUGUCAAGAUGACGGCUCACAGAACAGGCAUGUUUAAAAGCCCAAUGUGCGCAAUAGCCAUGUACUGCGCAACAACUGUCUAUGUCUACAUGGCAAAGAAAGACUCGUCAAAUGAUAUUAGCCCGGUUGAUGUGUCUAAUCUCGAAGUCAUUGUCCAUUCAAUGGAAGCGAUCGGUCGCAGCCACCAAAUAACCAGGGCUCUUCUGCAACAAGCAUGCCAUGACAUUGACACAAACGGCCUCGCUUCCAAAAUCAGAUUUCCAGCCCUGGCGAAAUAUCGCAACUCAGAAAUGUAUGGGAUGGCCAAUAUUCCAUUAUUUGUACGAAGUUCCGUCUCGCGCAACUCUGAAAUCAUGCCUGUUUUACCAGGACGCCUGCCGCUGGAAAAUCCCAAAGGCCACAGGGUUGAACUUGUGUCAAGAAGCUCCGACCCAACUGUCAAGAGACUUACCGGAACCGAUUGCUACCAGCCUAUGAUCGGGGCCGUGACUCGAAACGUCGCCGGGUCCGCAAACCCACCGACAGUGAUCGACGUCACUGAGACGUAUGCGAACAAGCGCAAAAGAACUUCAGCUAGUCCUCUACCGCAGGACCGAGAUGGCGGGAUCGCAUCGCUGCAGAACGUGGCUGCUCAAGGCAGCCUAGGGGAGCCCAACUCGUGGAAAUCGGGCCCGACGGGCUUCAGCGGCGUGUUUUCGCUCCCUGACCGCUCUUCACCCUCCAACACAUCUUCACCUGCGCUUCCCCAUUCUGGCAGCGGUGGCGCCGCCAGCAGCAAAAACGAAUCGCCGGUCGCCGUCAGUGGUGUAGGGACGAGCACCAUCUUUGGCUUGGGAAACACGCCGGCGGAGAACCGGAUAGACCUCAGGGUGUUUCAAGAUCGCAUGAUCAACUCGAUGUGGCCUAGCCAGGACGACAUCUUUGCAGCGCAGAUAACCAAUUCGCUGACAGACACUGGCGAGUUGCCUGGUGGCAUCAACAUGCCGUGGAACUUUUUCACCGACGACAUACCGCCGUGGAAUGGGCCAUAG